AUGGAGGAGCUGAGCAGCGUGGGAGAGCAGGUCUUCGCCGCCGAGUGCAUCCUCAGCAAGCGGCUCCGCAAGGUGGGCAGGCGGGCGGGCGAGGGAGCGGGCAAGCCGGCGGGGAGCAGCAGCAGCAGCCGCCUCCUCAGCGUCGCCUCUGGCUCUAACCCGCGCCUUCUUUUCUUCCUUUCUCUCUCUCUCCUGCGCAGGGCAAGCUGGAGUAUUUGGUGAAGUGGAGAGGCUGGUCUUCCAAGUGAGUCCGGACAAUGAACGCAGCAGCUGAGCGCCAGCCAGCCGUUGAGCUGAAGGGGGUCCAGGGGCGGGGCUUGAGCGCGGGGCGAUGCUGGGCCCAGGCGACCCCUGAGUUUGGGGCGGGGGGGGGGGAGAAACAAGGCGGGGAGGGGAGGGGGCGCAGAGAGCGAGAGGGAGAAACGGGGCUCCGAGGCGCUUGCCCCACACCACCCCCGGGUCGGCGCUUCCAGACGCUUGGAAGUUACUUUAGUUUUUUGUUGUUUUCCCCCUGCGAGGCUCCUGCUUUCCUACCCCAGAAUCGGGGAGGUGGGUGGGAGGGCAUCGUUUCCUCCUGCUGGACUUUCUUUUGUUUACCCAUAAUUGGUGCCUUAGCUUCUUUCUCUCUCCAGCACCUCCUUGAUUUUGUUCACCACUUCUCUCCCUGUGUUAUAUGUUAACUCUGCCAAAUUAAACCACGGCCAGAUGCCAUGGGUCACCUUCACUACACCCUUUUUGUAGUGGGGGGUUGGGGUUUGGAGCCGGAGGAGAGGAUCUGAGGGAGCUGUUAGGAUUCCCCAGGCUCCAGCAGAGAAGCUGCAACUGCUUGCCAUGUUGUCUAUGGAUUCUCUUCUGAAACCUGAGAUAUCAACUGAUGCAUGUGGUGUGUUCUCCCUCCGCCCCCCCCACCUCAUAGACUGGGGAGAGGGGUUGUCAACCUAAGAGGCUACCAUCUCUGUUUACUCCUCCUGCCAGCUGCGCCUGCAAACCAGGCUUCCCCCCACCCCACCCCCGUUUGCUUUUAUCCUUUUCUUGCUUGACUUCUCAUUUUUCUCCCUUAGCACAUACAUGUGUGUGUGUUCUCAAGUUAUUCAUAAUCCACCUGAGGUUUCCCCUUUGCCAAGCAAAUACUCCUUUUUCUUCUCUCUCCUUUCCAUUAUGGAAAUUGAACCUACCCUGUCAUGUGCUGCUAAAUUCUCACCCCACUUAACGGCCCACAGUUCAAAAAAAAAAUUCCCACCUUCCCAAUCAAUUAUUUUUUCAAUUCACUCUAAGAGCAUAGCCGCCGUUCAGUUUUAAAUCUGCCAGUGUGAUGGUUGUUUACGGCUAGGGCUGUAGCAUUUCUAAGGGUUAUUGUAAUGAAACGGUACUUCUAGACUCUAGGGUGUGGUAUCUUUGAUAAAAUGGGCAUUCUUUAUCUCAAAAGUUAAAAAAUAAAAAACACUAGACAUUUGCCUGUUAUUAACUACUUGUUUUAGAAAAAGAAGGUUGUGUUUACUGUGACUGGUUACUCUUUUCCAGGCAUAACAGCUGGGAACCCGAAGAGAAUAUUCUUGAUCCCAGGCUACUCCUGGCCUUUCAGAAGAAGUGAGUAAGCCACAAACUGAGAGGGAGGGAGGGAGGGAAGGAGGGUUCUCUAGGCUGCCCAGCUGGGAUUAUGGAAACAGAAUACAGAGUAGACCAUUGUGUAUUCAUUGUUCCCCCUAAAUUGCAGUACUCAAGACAGCCUUUCCUUGGUACCUAAAUAUAAAGUGUUUUAAUGCCCUGGUGUGUUUAGUGGUCUCGGUAGACUCAAAAAGUCACAUCUUGUUGUGGGAGGGAUGUUUGCAAACAAUGCUUAAAUCUGUAGCUUGCUUUUCCUGCUUCUGUACUGCAUGUAUUAGGCUACACUGUAGGCUUUAUUUGAAAGUCUCUCUCCCACUUGCUGUGCUGUGUAAACAACACCCAUAUGUAAGUAGCAUGAGAGGGCAGCGCCAUGCAAAAAAAAGUCCUUAAACUUGAUGACUUGUAAAGUAUUUGUAUGUUUCAGCUCCAGUCUGCUAGUAGUGGGACGCAUUGUAUGUCCAAACUCACAGAAGAGAAACUUUCAGAAGCAAAAUAGGUUAGCUUUUGGCAAUAGUAGUGCAGUCUCAAAUUGCUGGCACUCUCCUUCCAAAUGCCUUAUAGUAGCCACUUUUUUCUGUUUGUUUUAUAGGAUAGCAAAUAAUAAUAAUAAUAAUAAUUAAUAAUAAUAAUUACAAUUAAAUUAAUCCCAACCUAAAAUUAGAAAAGAUGUCUGACAAAAUACAGGAAACAAUUUCUACUUACUGUUAAGAAAAUAUUGUAACCCCCUUACAGCUACCUUGCUCAAAAGUCUCCAACUUGCGAUGUUCUGUGUUGUUCUUGGGUUUUCAGUUUGUAGUUGUAGAAUUAAGAAUGCCUAAAACUUACGAUAGUCAAAUCUGAAGCAGACUGCAAAGAGUUCCUGAAGGAAUUCUCCAUACAUGAGUGAUUGGGUAACAGAACAGCAGGCAAACUUUGUUUAUUCAUUUGGACAGGCUUAAGUCCAAGGUCUUUAUAUUUGGGCAGACUGUCUUAACCAUCAGGGCAAAUGGUGAGGAAAUUCACUAGGUGAAACCACCAAUAGCUGCUGCAUGGUGAUUCCUGCCUUAGUCUUUGGUGGUGGGAGUCGGGGACCUAACAUAGUAUUUGCCCUCCUUCACUCUGCAGUAACAACAAACUAGCCAACCACCUUGCAAACCUCCUCUAGCCCCAGAAAUAUUUGCAGGUCUGUUUGGUAGCUUGAACAGCUUUCAGGGUACAUAUGCUGAGUCCCAGCAGCUGUAGUGGCUCCACGUGUGGUUUCACAUGCAUCCUUAAAAAUAGAUAUAUCUGUGGCUUGAGGCUAAGCAGCUCUCCUGGUCCCCUACCCUGUUCCAGCAACACCUCCUGAAAUGUCUUUUUUCAGCAUAACUGAUCAAGGUGCUGGUGCCCAUUUCUCUCUUUCACCUGUUCAUCCUACCCAUGCAAGUAGUGUCCAUGGAGCCUCUCUGGUUGCAUUUAGUUAAAAUGAGAGGAGUUCUUGUUUCACCCCCAAUGCACAACUGGAGAAAGUAACAGGGGCAGGGUGGGUAAUAACUAAAAAGAUCUGUAGAUUUGAGCUAUUCUCUUGAAGACUAUGCACCCCCAUCAUCUGGAUCAAUAUUACUAAGAUAAGGGCAUGAAAGAGGUUUGAAUGUCAUGAGUAGCAUGGAAAUAAUGAAUGUCAAAGAUGAUUCGUUCUUAAAAUGAAAAUCAUGAAGCUGAUAGGCUGCAACUGUGAAAGGGAAGGGCUUUCAUAGAAUUUGUUGCCUUGUGAUGGUCUCUGCUCUGAAUAGCUUUUUUUUUUUAAAGUAGGUAGGUUCACAGAAGGUGGGUACUAGCAGUAAAAUAACUUGAAAUUGAAUCUUUGUGUUCAAGGACAAUGUGCUUUCAACCGUAAGGGUGUUGGUGGUGUGCCUUACUUGUAGCUUCCUUGUGGGUAUCUGGUCUCUGUUGAAAGGAAUAAUCUUGAGCUAAGUACUCUGAUUCUCCCCACUUUGGACGAUUUUUGUGACCAGAAGAUAUAAUUUGGGGUGGAGAAUGUGUGGGUGUGUGCUUGCUGGAAACUGAAAUGAAGCAGCUAAAGGAAAUAAUAGUAGUGCAUUGGUCACCGAGGGUGCAAUCCUGUGCUAGAGUUAACACUGGUUUAAGGGGCUUUAAGAUUUGUCAGAAGCCCUUUCUAUACCUCCCAGCACAGCACAGCCGUUCUGUCAGCAAAAGGAACAGAUGGAGCAGCCGAAAUAGGAUGGGGGAGUCAUGGGGGACAGAUUCUAUAUCUCUUUCAUCCAUGCUACACCCCCCACAUGCAGAAUGACAUUACACAAGUGUUAAAGCUGGUGCAGAUAAUUUCUCCUUCUGUUGGCUUAAAUGGGGAAUAAAAUAAAAUAAAAAUAGCCAUAGGGUAUGAUGUAUAUGUUACUGCCCAAUCACAGCGCGCCUCCCCCAGAUGGUAAAAAUCCAACACAGGAUGAAUAUAACUUCUCUGGCUCCACGGGCAUUGUUCAGAAGAGGCAACUCUGGCAUGGGAAGCUGUGAGGAAAGGGCACUCUGUGCAUAAAUGGAGCACUUUUCACAGAGCAGCCUGGUCUCAAAACACACACAGGAAGUUGAGCACAUUGAGUGUCACAGGCUAGAGCAAGCAAGUACCUGGUCGCAAACACACAACUCCACUCCCAUGGCUUGUUGUACCUGCACAGAAAACCCCACACAGGUAAACAAAGGAAGCAGGAGUAUGUGCUGUAAUGUGUAGUUGGCUACAACUGUUUCCCAUCUCUCUGUCCUGCUGCCCCUUUGCUAGAAUGAAUGCCGUGCUGUGUCUUGACUGAACUAUCUUGUCGUUCCCCCCACUCCCAGAAUAGGGAGAAGUGUCUCCUACACAAAGGGGAGACACUCACCUUUUAAAAUGAAGGCAUGCCCUCUGUUGUCAGAGGCCAAGCAUCCCACUCCAACCAUUGCUACCACAGACCAGGUGCUUGAGUCCUUUUUGAUCUUGAGCAGGGAAGGUCACAGCCUGGUUGCAGGAAGCAUGGCAAACAGCCACUGUGUUCCGCUACAACUCCUGGUUUGGGGGAAGGAGGUAGUAUACUCCAUCAAUGCAGUCUCUCACUUCCCUUCCCCACACCUAUCAUGUUGAGCAUGAGCACUGGCAGAGCAUGUGGGUGGCACCACUCGCUACUGUGCAUCCAGUAAUAGGAACUAUGUGCUGCAAAUGCUACCCAUUGCUUGUUUCUCUCAGUCUGCAUCUCCCCUUGUUCCCUACAAGCUGUUUUCACACAACCGCAGGGUCUAUCCCACACCGUGUUCCACAUAAGCCAGAAGGGAGGCCCAACUCAUGGCCAACAGCGGUGACUAAGCUGCACUCAGCUGUUCCUUCGUAGCAGCCUUCCUCAACCUAGUGCCCUCCACACGUGGCUGGACUUCCACGUCCCAGACAGACAGCCCUGCUAGAUGAGGCUGAUGGGACUUGUAGUCCAGAACAUCUGGAGGGCAACUGGUUUAGGAAGGCUGCUCUGUAGGGUUGUUAAAAUGACUUGCUCCAGGCAGGUGCAUUUUGCCUUGCAAGUUCCAUGGCAGCUAUGCCAAGAUCCUAGCAAGAUCUUGUGCAAGUUUUCCUCCCUCUGCUUUGUUUAUUGUGCUCCAAAACAAUGGUUGUGAGGAGCCUGCGGCCAUGUGCUACAGAUUGAGCCACUGAAGCUGAUGGAUUUGGGGGCAAAGUUGCCUUGCCUUGCGUUUUCUUGUGUGUGGUGACUCAGGAUGGUAGUGUCCCUGUUGUGAGUCCAUUGCCUCUCUGUGUGUGCAGCAUGUAGGCAUUGGCACAGUCCCUGAUGGGUGGGCUGUGGUGCUUUUUCCAGGGCUACCCUAGGUGUACUUGCCAUUUUUCUUGCUGCUAUUUAUUGUUUAUUAGGUGUGUGUUUAUUCACUCUUGGUCUGGGUACACACACUGUUGACUAUUCCAUCAGUAUAGUAGUGGCUUAUCUCUGAUCUCGGUUUAUCACAACUAUUGUGUUGCUCUGUUGGUGGAAUAGAACCAAAAAUCCAAAUGUUUGGGGAUAUAUGAAGACCACAUAUGUUUAAUGAAAUAACAUACACUUGAUGUAGUAGGUAAUACAUGAUGUGAGUUGAAUACAAGCAAAGUACUUGCCACGUAAAGUUUCCACUGCAUGGUGGUUCAGCUGUAUUAAUGUAAAUAUAUGGUAUAUCAUCAGGUUCUACCACAUUCUCAUGUGUUUGCAGGGCAGGAGAGCUUUACAAAAUAGCAGGCUUGUCUUGUGUUCUUAUAGCAAUGCUUCCCCACAUUUCCUCUGGUUGGAUAGUCAUUAGUAUUAAUAAUCAGUUGCUAGUGAUUAGUGGGGAAAUAUUUAUCCAAUGACAGAGUUUUGUGUGAGUCAUCUCUUUUAAGAACAGCUUAUUUUCCCUGCUGCUUUGUGACCUUCAGUUUUCAUGUUCAGAUUUCCAUUUCUAGUGUUGCUUGUGUACUACAAAAGAAAGAAGGACAGUACAUGCAAGUUUAAUGCAUUUUUAAAAAAUGCUUAUGCUUUGGCAUUUAAGUAUUUCUCGUCAAUGAAAAACUAAUAUCUCUGAAACCAUAGUCCUGUUUACAUGUGUGUGUUGUGUACAUGUGUGUGUUGUGCACAAAUGCACAAACUACUAAAAAUUCAUGUGUACGGAAUGCAAAUGGAUAAUAUUAAAUUGCUUGCACAAUAGACCAUCUCAAAACUUUAAAAGAAUCAGUCUUAUUUGUAAAACACCAUAAUUUUUUCCUAAGAGAGCAACUCCAGAGAGAAGGAAAAAAUGUGUUUUUGAUCUCUUUGGAACAGUGCCAUUAAACUUUUGAGAUAACAAAAACAGAAUAUAUCAUCUACUUCUGCACACACAUAACCAGGGAAAAGUAGCAAAUAACAGUAAUGUACAGAGGGAUGGGUAAGGCAAAUGUCUUUUACUGCUUAGUAAUGAAGCAGGUCAAUAAGCUAGGGAUGGCAGAACACCAGCCAUGGAAUACUACAGAACCAGGCAGGGUCAUCUGCAUUGUCACAUGCUGGCAUUUAUUUGAAAAACGGACAUACUUUCCUACAUUUCUCAGAAUGGUUAACCCGUGGUUUUUAUUCACCCAUGGAAUCUUCUGCGAGAAGAGACACUUUGAGAACUGCACUGUCAUUUUGUUGUCUCUUCAGGGAGCAUGAGAAGGAGGUGCAAAAUCGGAAGAGGGGCAAACGACCUAGAGGCAGACCCAGGAAGAACGUUGUAAGUAAUGGUGAUUUCUGAGAGGCAGCUAGAAAUGGAUAUUUAGUACAGCAGACUGUGGGGGGACACAUGCUUGCUUGCAUAAAGACAUACUUCAUGUGCCUCUGUUAAGAAGUGUGUCUUGUGUAGUCUGUGGCUUUAUCCCACAGCUGGUUAUGUGUGCCCAGUCACCUGGAGUCAGUUUUUAUUCUCCAGGGGCAAUCAGGAAACUAAAUAAUGCCUGUAUCCAGAAACAUUUCCUUUUUGAAGCCAGUGAAAGUGGAAAUAGUUUUCUGAGUUCUGAAAAUUAAAUAGUUGUCCAGGUAGCAUAUUGUUAUUGUUAUUAUUAGAAUCUUACUUAAAAGUUUUAUGUAAGGCUGCAUGAUCUUAAGUAUCGGCAUGCCACAAGAGAGAACCAGAUGCCUUUUUGUAAUAACAGGAAGUUACUAGUGUUUUUAAAAUGUUUUGUAGUAGAGUAGAUCUCUCUGCUUUAAUGGACUUUCCAUGCAGCGGCCCUUCAAAAGCCUUCACUGACAGUAUUACAGUGGUACCUCGGGUUACAUACGCUUCAGGUUACAGACUCCGCCAACCCAGAAAUAGUACCUCGGGUUAAGAACUUUGCUUCAGGAUGAGAACAGAAAUUGCAUGGCGGCAGUGGGAGGCCCCAUUAGCUAAAGUGGUGCUUCAGGUUAAGAACAGUUUCAGGUUAAGUACUUAACCCGAGGUACCACUAUACUGAAGAAGCAGAGCAUAUUAAUGUGGCUCCUACUCUUUGCAUGUGUGUGUUACUUUGUUUUUAAAGGAACCGGAGGUGCCUGCAAAAAGCAAAUCCAGCAGCUCUUCUUCCUCAAGCUCCUCCUCAUCUUCCUCCUCCGAUGAAGAGGAUGAAAGUGACCUUGAGACAAAAAGAGGUCAGCGGAGCAGAGAGAGCCACCCAGUGCCUCAAAAGAAAGCUCAGAUCCUGGUUGCCAAACCUGAGAACAAGGACCCUAUUAGGAAGAAGCGUGGGCGAAAGCCUCUGCCUCCGGAGCAGAAGGCAGCGAAGAGGACUGUCAACCUGACAAAGGUGCUGAAAACAAACCAAAAGGAGAUGGGAGGUGGGGGUGGAGCUCCCAAACUAAUGAGCAAGAUGCAGCCGCAGCACAACGCUCAGAGUUCUGGCAUUGCCAUGCUUAAAUCCCACAUGAAGGAAGCCCAAGGUGCAUUUGGUGGGUUUUGUUCUGGGGCUUCCUCCACCGACAACCUCUCCAGUAUUGUGAAAAGCACCGCGUCUGGGAGCCCAAACUGCGGCAUCAGCUGGCAGAGCUCCAUUGUACAUUAUAUGAGCAGGAUGUCGCAGAACCAGAACUCCGCAGAUGCCUCUGCUGUGGGGAGGCUGACGCUCAAGUCGGCCAUGUCCUGCAAGAGUGGCCUGGGGCUCGAUUUAAAACUGAAAAACCAGAAAGCCAGUGGGGAUCUGGAGUUGACCGUGCAAGGCUCCAAGGUGACAAAGAGGCCUGGCAGCAGCAGCGCAUUGGGGGAGCAGAAAACAGGGUAUGGUGCUGGCGCCCAGAACUUGCACAAUGGCAACAAGCCCCCCGCCGGCUCUGGCAACAACCACCCAGCUUCCAACCAAGAGCUCAACCUCCAAGCUUUAAAUCUGCAGAGUGUGAAAAAUGGGAUGAAUUCCACAGGCGGCAGCAACGUUUCCCGCCAUGCUUGUGGGACUGUGGCCAAGGGCACCGGCGGCAGCCUAGCUGGGAGCACAGGUGUGGGCAAGGGCAGUACUGGGCCUGGCAGCGGCUCAAACGCCACAAACGCAGGGGCAGCGUUGGCAGGCACAGACCCUCGCAAAAGCGAGAAGCCGGCACAACGAGCAGCUGUGGGCGAGAGGGAUGCGGCCGCGAAAAGCGGCAAGCCUCCGUGUGCCCAGGAGGGGUGCCCCGCAGCAGAGAACCACAAGGCUUCGGCCCUCUCUGAGAUGAGCUGGGAAGAGGAGACGAGCUCGGAUUCAGACAGAGAUUCUUCUUCUUUCCCCGGAGCAGGCCAGAACAUGUCUGUCUCCGUCCAGACUAGCCAGGACUGGAAGCCCACUCGCAGCCUCAUCGAGCACGUCUUUGUCACAGACGUGACAGCUAACCUGAUCACAGUGACUGUCAAGGAAUCACCAACCAGUGUUGGCUUUUUUAAUCUUAGACAUUACUGA